AUGUCAACAACGCAACGGAGUGAGGGUAUGAACGCAUUCUUUGAUGGAUAUGUACACUCGAAAACCUCAUUGAAGCAAUUCGUUGAACAAUAUGAGCGAGCAAUGAGGUGUAAAGUUGAAAAGGAGUUUCAGGCCGACGUAAGAUCUUUUUCUCAGAUGGUCCCAUGUGUAUCGAGAUUGGCCAUUGAGAAACAAUUUCAAGAAGUGUACACAAUCGCAAAAUUCAAAGAGUUUCAAGAAGAGUUAACUGGAAAGAUUUAUUGCUCGAUUGUGUCUACUGAAGAGGGACCGCUUGGUAUGAGGUAUGAGGUGCGAGAAGAUAUCAUAAUUGAUGAAAGAGUGAAGGAAAAAAAGUUUUCAAUUUUUGUUGAGAAAGACAGUUGUGAUAUUGUUUGCAACUGUCACAUGUUCGAGUUUAAGGGAAUAAUUUGUAGACAUGCUAGCACAAUAUUGAUACAAAAUGGUGUCAGAUCCAUUCCUGAGAGAUAUAUAUUAUGGCGAUGGAGGCGAGAUGUUAGUAGAUCCUACAUGAGGGUGAAGAUCAAUUACAAUGGUUGGAUUAGUACGCCUAGCCAAUUAAGAUACGAUCAACUGUGCAGUGCAUUUGCCAAGGUAGCAGACAAGGUAGCAGAUGACGAAGAACGAACCCGGGCAACUAUGGAGUGGAUCCAGUCUCAAUUGAAUGGAUUGAGCAUAUCCAAUGCAAAUCCAAGCUAUGGUGGUAAUAUAUAUGCUCAACACAGUAUGCAAGAACAAGUUCGUAGUUGUGGAGAGAUAGCAACGGCUUCAAGCAAGCAAAUAAUGGAUCCGAUAUGCUCCCAGAGAAAGGGAGCCCCUAGGAAGCUUCGCAGGAAGGGCCCAUUGGAAACACGUACAAAGAAAGCUAAGGUAGGAUCCUCAAAAUCAAACAAAGCCAAUGCCCCGAGUCAAAACAUUGUCGAAGAUGCUCAAGCUUUCAAUCAAACUUUUUCACAAGAUGCACAGUAUCAAGCGCUUCCCCCAAUCUCCCACUCACAACAAUUGAUGACUAAUGCCAUAAUGCUGGUUAACUAUUACAGCAAGAUUUACAGGCUAGCACAACAGAAGAUAAUUCUUAAAGUUCAAAUUCUUAUGCAUCAAGAAUCCAUAAUUGCCUUUUUACAUUCUAUAGGAGGUCGAAUUUGUACAACAAUCAGAAGUGCUAUUAUUUGGUUCAAUCAGUCAGAACUUGCAAAUAAUGAACCUGUAACCUUUAUAAAGGAUAAGAGCUGCAUCAUUGGCCAUGCAUUUUCUGCUCUUGGAAGGAAAGAGUAUGCUCUUCAGAACAAGCUGCUUUAG